AUGCCUGUCCCCAGUAGUGGUUCUUUUGGUCAGCCUGGUCAACCGUCCUGCUUUCAGCGCAUGAAAAUGGGUUUCUUAAUGGGAUUUUGUGUUGGGAUGGCUACCGGAGCCAUAUUCGGUGGUUUCAGUUGUCUACGAUAUGGUCUCCGGGGUCGUGAACUCAUCCAAACUGUCGGAAAAGGGAUGAUCCAAGGCGGUGGAACCUUUGGCAUGUUUAUGGCAAUUGGAACAGCUAUCCGAUGCUAA